CUUUGUUUUUCUUCAUUCAUUCUCUCGGUCGUCUGAAGAGGACAUAUCUUUAACUUCUGGAUGUUUACAAACAGAGGGAAACUUGAAAGAUUGGUGUUAAAGAAGUUUUCAAUGUUCAACUCUUUUGUGUACAUGGCAUUUUCCAACAAAUUUCCCAAUGGCUGCUGCCAAAGGAAACAGAAAGUGAUGAACUCGAAAUUUCUGAAAAAUAUUAUAAAAUGUCUCAAUGAAAAUAGUCAUUCUCAUAUGUUGAAAAGAAGAGGAAGUUUAGAAUUUGAGAUUACGUUCAAGCAUAUGAAAGAUCCUACUUGGCAACCAGAAGAUAUCAGUUUAUUUAUAGAGAUGGAUUUCCUGUACAAGCCUAAGCGCCAAGAAAACAAAAAAUUCUUUGAGCUAUGCAAAGGCCGAUUUAAGGCAAAUAUGAGAAAGCUAUGUGACUUAGGAGUGCUCAAAGAGGAAGUGUGUGAUGAAAGCGAUCCAAACAUGAAAAAGUCGGUUAAGAAGAAAAGGUACAGAUUUAUGAAAAUGUAUGAUGAACUUAUUCCUACUACAGAAGAGAAAAUGGCAAAGAAGGCUUUUUUGGAUGCUUGUAAGGACAUAGAUGAAGAAAAUACAAAUAUUUUAUCUCACUUCCUGUGUCUUUCAAACAAUGCAAAUCAUGGUGUAGUGCAUUUGAAUCCCAAUGAAAAGGAGGUUGAGCCAUUAUUGUUUGAAACGGGAAAGAGUAUCCAGGAAACUAUGGAAACCUUGCAUUCAUACAUUGAGUGCUCUAGGAACAAGGAAAUGGAAAUAAUUAUGUUUGCUGAGAAUGUGGAACACCAACCACUGUUACCUGUUUGCAAAGACAUGAAGGAUGAUAGAGAGAUACAAAAUAAAGUGAUAGUGUUUUCAGAUGUUCAGCAUCAUGCAAGCAAGGAAAUGGAAGUAGUUACUGAUAUGCUUGGAGAAACUGAAGAAAGUGUAGAUUUGAAUAAGUUUUUGAUAAGAUAUGAACCUGAUGAUGAGCCACAGAGUGGCAUGAAAAAUAAGCUUGAAAUGGAAAGCAGCACUGAUCCUUUUCUCCCCAAUGUGUAUGAAGAUGAACAUCCCUGUGAUGAUGCCAUGUUAUUAAUUUCUGAAUUGAAAACUUGUGGUUCAGUAUUUUCAUUCAGUCAAAAUGAUGAAGACAUACUUUCAAUAUAUGGAUAGCUGAAGCAUGAGACUGCAGUGCAGUGAAUUUGAAUUUAUAGUUGAGCUGUUAGUAACACUUUUUAGAUGUACUAAUAAAACCUUGUAGGUAGAAAUAAAA